AUGGCGAUUCACACUCUUACUGAAAACACAUUUCCCGUGUAUACGGCGGAUGCCAUAGUAACUCUAUCGAGCGCUGAAGUGUUGACCGGAAAGGAGGCCAAAUACUUCACUAAGAGCGAUCUUAUCCCUGUUCCCAAGCCCGAGUCCAUUCAGACGCUCUACGUGAGAGUUUUACACCUGCUGUACCGCUUCAGACCCGAGUUGCACUCCAUGGUCCCACUUUUGGUGAACAUCGCGAAUCCUCAGUACCACGAGGCGACUCUGGGCAUCACCAGCGUCUUCCUGCUCAUGCGUCAGUUUCUUCCCAUCUGCUUGGUGCACGAUUUCGCCCUGAGUGACCUCCUAGUUCCAAGUAAAAAGCAGAAGACCCUGAUUAUUCUGAGCGCCAUCAUGAACUAUCUUCACUUCAGGAAGCAGAGGAUGGACAUGAUCCAUGAGAAGAAAUCCAAACUAAGGGCAGACAGGGACCGGCUGCAGGCUUUGAACAAAGGCAUUUCAGAAGCACAGAAGAAGAUCGAGACGCUGAACACCAUCCCCCCGGAGCAGCAGGCGGAGGCCGACGAGCUGGCAGCGUCUCUCUCCGAGCUGCAGACCACCACCUCGCACGAGUUCCAGGAAGUGAACGUGAGAAAUGAAAGCAUCGCGGAGUGGAAAACCAAGAAUGCAGAGAAGACUCAGAAACUGACCCAGUUGAAGGUGGACGUCAGCAACCUGAAGGAAGACGUCAGUAAACUCAGGUCUCAGAUCGUGGAGUCUCCAGAGGAGCUGAAGAGUCAGAUGGAGAGGAUGAGGGAGGACGUGAAGACCAUCAAGUGCACCAUCGAGGACACAGACGGGCGGGUGGUGGAGCUGCAGAGCAUGAUGCAGAGCGUGACUCACACUGAGGCUAAGCUCCAGCAGAUGUUCAACCUGCUGCAGGACCUGGAGAGCAGCUUGACCAACAGCAAGCAGCGGGAGCAGGAGCACCAGGAGCUGACGGCUCAGUACGAGAAUAAGCAGAAGGAGUUGAAGACCCUGUGCAGCGAGGAGGUUCAGCUGAAGAGAGCUCUGGGCAUGAAGCUGGACAAAGAAUCCAAACUGAACAUCCGGAGGCAGAAGAAGAAGGAGAUGAAGGAGCAGCAUGUGCAGGAAGUGCUGGGGGAGUACAACCACAUCCAUCAGAAGCGCGAGGAGAUGGCCGAUAAGAUCCAGGAGAUCUCCAGCGAGACGCAGCAGCUGAAGGCCAAGAUCCAGAGUCUGAGGGAAGUGUGCAGCAAAGAGACCAAGAAGGCUCAGGCUCUUUACUACACGCUCUCCACGUCUAUGGACGCAAUGCAGCGGAGGAUCGACAUGCAAACGGCCAACCUGAAGCAGGGCCUUGGAAAGAUGUCCGCUAGCUUAAAGCAAUAAUUUCACUUUAUUCAUUGUUAUACUUCUGGUUCUCUGUUAUACUUCUGGUUCUCUGUUAUACUUCUGGUUCUCUGUUAUACUUCUGGUUCUGUGUGUGUUUUUUACUCUUCUAUCCUCGUCACCUUUUCUGUUAAACAUGUAUUAAGAGUUGUGUUAAUAAACUAUUGAGUUCA